UCUUCCCUGACUGACUCAAAAGGCAAUCUCUUAAAUAUGUACAAGUUCAGUAGACAGAAUUGUUAAAUUUUGUCCGUUCUUAUCUAGUCAUCUUAUCGAUUUGCAGAAGAAAUAUGCUGAAAAAUAUGCAAAGUUGAAAAUUAACCCAAAGGAAAAUGUGGAACAAAUUUUGAAAGAAGUUUACGCACUCCUAUUACGUGUUGAUGAGUUGGAACAAGCUCAGAGCAAAUAUCUGGGACAAAUCCAGGAGUUAACAAAGGCCUUGGCUUUGAAGGAUGAAAAGAUCAACGAGUUGAGUAAGAAGGGAGCAGAAACUGCAGUUCCAGCAGGUGUUCCUGUAACUCUUCCAACUUCUUCAACGGUAAAAAAAGAAAAGACGGAAAUAGGUUCGGCGGAGGAGGAUAAAAUGUCCCCUCAGCUAGAAGCUGUUGCUCUACGCGGUUUGGAUAUCAUGAAGCGCAAUCAGUUACUUGAGCAGACAGUUAACGAAAAUGAGGCAAAAUCACUUGUCAGCUUUUUUGAGUCCGAGGAGCCAAAACCAGACAAAUUGGUGGUUGCCCUUAUUGACAAAGCAUUGACUUAUGGGGUCGAGGUACUUCUAACGAGACCAGACCUUUUCGAGGAUUUCGUCGACAACGAGUUGAGAUUGUUCCUGAUUGACGCUAGCAAGGCAAAACGCGCUCUGCUCGAUUGCAUGCUUCUUCAUCCUGAGUACGUUCCUACAAAGUGGGGAGGAAACAUAUUAAGAAAACGGCAGCAAAAACGUCAGAUGAAAGCAGAUGCAGCAAAAAGAGAGCCAGAAGAAAGCAUACCUGCAGAAAAUGCAAAGAAGGAACCAGAAAAGGAUAAAAGUCCAAGUACUGGGAUACAAAGUGCCCUGGAAACAACUCGAAACAUAUUUGAUUACUUGGUGGAAGCAGGUAAAUGGGCAGCAUCAGCAGCCAAUACAGCGACGACAAGGGAAAAGACUACUUUGGAGAAAUUCUUGAGUGAUACUAGACCGAUAGUUGUAGAAACUAAGAGCAGUAAAGGUGAAGGGAAAUUGGAAAGUGAGAAAAAAUUAAGCGAAGGGAAAUCGGAAAGUGAGAAAAAAAUAAGUGAGGGAAAAUCGGAAAGUGGGAAGAAAGUGAUUGAAGGAAAAUCAGAAAGUGAGAAUAAAUUGAAGCAAGAGGCGAAACCCGAGGUAGAGAAGAAACUUGAAAAGGCAGAGCCCAAGGAAUCGAAAACAGCGGAAAGCAAAAGUGAAGGCGAGGUAAAGGCAAAAACAGAACAAGGAAGCUUUGAGAAGGUUGCCAAAAAGCAAAUCAGAUAUACUAAGCCCGUAGGAAAGUAUUGGAAAUAUCGUAGCACUGUAGCGAAAAGCCCUCCUAAUGCAGCUUGGAUACAGGAUCGUGAACGAAUGCGCAGUAGAGCCAAAGCGAGAUUGAAACGUCCUCCGAAAAAGAGUUGA